CCUCCUCUUCCUUCUUCUUCUUCUUCUCCUCCCCGCGUCCUCCUCUCCACUUCCUUUGUCUACUCUCCUCAUUGAUCUCUUUCCUCCGUAUCCUCUCAUGGUACCUUUCUACGUCACUCAAUUAAUUGAUCCCUCUAUCUUCAUCUCCUAAUCGACUGUCCCUGGAACCCUCCCCCACCCCCUCACCAUGGACGUCGUCGCCGCCGUAUCCGGGUACAUCUCCAGGAUGGUCACGGCUGGUGAUUCCGCGUCAGCCUCGUCCUCCUUGUCCUCCUCCUCUGCCAAGAUGAAGAUCUUGCUUCUGGAUAGUGAGACAGUCCCCAUCGUGUCCACUGCCAUCACACAAUCGGCUCUUCUGAACCAUGAGGUGUACCUGAUUGAUCGCUUGGAUAAUGCCGCGCGGGAGAAAAUGCGACAUCUGCGCUGCCUGUGCUUCGUGCGCCCCUCCCCAACCUCGAUUCAGUUUCUCAUCGACGAACUCCGCGAGCCCAAGUACGGCGAAUACUACAUCUACUUCAGCAAUAUCGUCCGCAAAUCAGCCCUGGAGCGCCUGGCCGAGGCCGAUAGCCAUGAGGUGGUGCGUGCCGUGCAGGAGCAUUUCGCCGAUUUCAUCGUCACCAACCCCGACCUAUAUUCGUUGAAUCUGGGCUUCCCCAACCAGCGGGUGUGGAGUCACUCGCCCGACCUGUGGAACCCAGAUGCCCUCCAGAGGGCCACCGAAGGCGUCCUGGCCGCCUUGUUGGCUUUGAAAAAGAACCCUCUGAUCCGCUACGAGAAGAACAGCCUCCUGGCGAAGAAACUGGCCACGGAGGUUCGCUACCAAUUAACGCAGGAGGAACAGCUGUUCAACUUUCGGAAGACCGAUACCCCUCCGAUCCUCUUGAUCUUGGACCGCCGGGACGACCCAAUUACCCCGUUGCUCACCCAGUGGACGUACCAAGCGAUGGUCCACGAGCUGAUGGGGAUCCAUAACGGGCGCGUCGAUCUGCGGGAUGUGCCCGAAAUCCGGCCGGAGCUUCGCGAGAUCGUUCUCUCCCAGGACCAGGACCCUUUCUUCAAGAAAAAUAUGUACCAGAAUUUCGGCGACCUGGGCCAAAACAUCAAGGAGUACGUCGAGCAGUAUCAGACUAAGACCCAGAACACCAUGAACAUCGAUUCCAUCGCGGACAUGAAACGCUUCGUUGAGGAUUACCCCGAGUUCCGCAAAUUGUCCGGAAACGUGAGCAAACAUGUCACCUUGGUCGGAGAGCUUAGCCGUCGGGUCGGGGAGGAGGAUCUCCUGGACGUGAGUGAGCUGGAGCAGAGCUUGGCGUGUAACGACAACCAUGCCAACGACCUCAAGAAUCUGCAACGGAUCAUCCAGCUGCCCAGAGUGCCUGCCGAAAACAAGAUUCGCCUAGUGACGCUGUACGCCAUUCGGUACGAGAAGCAGCCAAACAAUGCCCUUCCGGUUUUGCUGGAUCUACUCGUCACGGCCGGCGGUGUCCCCUCAUACAAAGUCAACAUCAUCCCCAAGCUGCUAGCCUACCAUCACUCCCUCCAGGCCCCGCCGGUGGCGGGGGGCUUCUCAGAUCUCUUUGAAUCCACGUCCUUUUUUUCGGGCGCUCGCGACCGCUUCAAGGGACUCAAGGGUGUAGAAAACGUCUACACGCAACACUCUCCGCGACUGGAGGUGACGCUGCAAAACCUGAUCAAAGGCCGGCUGAAGGAGCUACAGUAUCCAUUCCUGGACAAUAGCGCCCAUACCCGCGAUAAGCCCCAAGACAUCAUCCUCUUCAUGGUCGGGGGUGUGACAUACGAAGAAGCCAAGAUGGUCGCCCAGGUGAACGCCAGCUCGCCCGGCGUGCGGGUCGUCCUCGGGGGCACAUCGGUCCACAACAGUACCAGUUUCCUAGAAGAGGUCGACGACGCGGUCAGCGGCUGGCCCGAGCCCGCUCCCUCCACCGCCGCCGGUCGGCUCCGGAGGGAGAUGAACCGGUAGUUGGCUCAUUCUUUUCUUCUUUUGUUUUCUCUUGUCUCUUCUUUGACGCUUUUUAUGUCACUGAACGGUCAUGUUGUGGCCUGGCGUCGGUCGGUGUUGGACAAGAUGUCCCCCUCCCUUUCCCCCUUGUUUGUCGCUUCCUCUUGUAUUCCAGAGCAUUUUGAUAUCCUUUUUUUGAGGCCUGGGAAGGAGAUAGCUAGGUCUGGGGUUUAUAUAGUAGAUUGGCU